AUGGAUCCUGGACGCAAUAGACCAAGUCGACCACGGCUAAGGUCACAUGGAAAUCCCUCACGGGUUCUUGUGUUCGAUCAAGCUGAGUCUGAGGAUCAUAAAAAUAAUCCAAUGGAACCAGAGACUACUCGGAGGUCACUGCCAGCGAAAGUUGAGAGCAAAGAGGCACCAGUUCGUGCUUCUGGCAACGAAUUGUCUAACCUUGUGAGAAUGCGUAAUUCUGCUAUCGGUAAAUCUGCGCCAUCACUCUCAGUUCACAUGCGCGAAUUUAAUAUUCCUCGACGGGCAGCUAAAGCAGCACAACCUUUUGUUCCUAUUGUGGGCAGUCCGCUUGAAAGUCCACGCAUGUCAUCAAGUCCUCAUUUUGCAUUUGCUCCAAUCAAAAGAAUUGGCUGCGGAGCAGGAACUGCUGAUGGUAGACGGUGGUCAGUUGCAAGCCUGCCUUCGAGUGGUUACGGAACAACUCCUGGUUCCAGCAACGUAUCGUCACAAUGUUCGAGUCAGGAACGUUUACAUCAGUUGCCAAACAUUCCAACAAAGGAUGAAUUACGUAUGCUGUCUUGUCACUUCUCCAAGCCCGGGACUCCUUGUUCUUCGCAUCCAGGAUUCCCGGGCUCAAGUAUAUCUAGCAUUCCUGGUAGUAUAUCAUUUAGUCUUGAAGAAGAAGGAAGAAGAUCACCAUUACAUCGUCCAAGAUCUCGCAUAGUCCAAGCCGAUCGCCAGUGCUUGACAAUGAAAUCGUUAUGAUGAAUACACUCUACAAAGAACGUUUUCCGAAGGCAACACAACAGAUGGAGGAGCGUCUUACAAAUUUUAUAAACGAAAACAAAGAGAUUGAUGAAUACGAGGUGGUUUCGCAUGUGGCUCAAGACUCGUUACCAAUUAUAAGAUUUGUUCAUCACCAAAUAAUAGAGAUGGCACGCGACUGUUUACAAAAGUCACAAGAGAAACUUAUUACUUCUCGUUAUUUUUACGAGAUGACUGAAAGCCUUGAGCACUUGUUGAUGGAGACGAAGGAUAAAUCUUUAGAGGCAGCGACACAUUUAACUGGGUUAAUUAAGAAAUUAUUGUUGAUAAUUUCGCGGCCAGCUAGACUACUAGAGUGCCUAGAAUUUGAUCCUGAAGAAUUUUAUCAUUUAUUAGAACAAGCUGAGGGUCAAGCUAAAAUAAAUAAUGGGAUAAAGGCAGACAUUCCUCAAUAUAUUAUUAGUAAAUUAUCGCUUAAUCGAGAUCCCAUAUCUGAUCUUCAAGAAGAUAUAAAUAAACUGGAAGAUUCGGCAAGUUUAAAUAGCAGUAAUUUAGAUUUAGCGUCAUCGAGUCCACACAAAGACGAUGAUAAUAAAUCACAACAACGCGUGCCAUGUGAAAGUGAUUACGAGGUUGUUAAAUUGAUAAGUAAUGGUGCUUAUGGCGCGGUAUAUUUAGUUAAAGAAAAAACAACACGCCAACGUUUAGCACUUAAAAAAAUAAAUAAAAAUAAUUUAAUGCUACGUAAUCAAGUUGAUCAAGUGUUUGCAGAACGUGAUAUUAUGAGCUUUACAGAUAAUCCAUUUGUUGUAUCUAUGUACUGCAGUUUUGAGACUAAAAAACACUUGUGUUUAGUAAUGGAGUACGUAGAGGGUGGUGAUUGCGCCAGCUUACUUAAAAAUAUUGGUCCAUUACCGCCAGAUAUGGCACGAUUUUAUUUUGCCGAGACAGUACUUGCAGUUGAGUACUUACACAGCUACGGAAUAGUCCACCGUGAUUUAAAGCCGGAUAAUUUAUUAAUAACAGCUCUUGGUCACAUUAAAUUGACUGAUUUUGGUCUGAGUAAAAUGGGUUUAAUGUCAUUGGCGACAAAUUUGUACGAGGGCUAUAUUGAUCGCGACACCCGGCAAUUUUCUGACAAACAAGUCUUUGGUACGCCCGAGUACAUUGCCCCAGAAGUUAUUUUACGUCAAGGAUACGGCAAGCCAGUUGACUGGUGGUCUAUGGGAAUAAUUCUCUACGAAUUUUUGAUCGGCUGUGUACCAUUUUUCGGCGAAACCCCUGAAGAGCUGUUCGCCCACACAGUUAAUGAUGACAUAGAGUGGCCAGAUGAAGAGGACUGGGUGGUACAACCAGAAGCUAAAGAUAUUAUUACUAAUUUACUGCAGCAAAAUCCGCGCGAGCGGUUAGGUACUGGCGGUGCUCAUGAAGUAAAAGAGCACUUGUAUUUUUUUAACGUUAAUUGGAACACACUUUUGCGGCAAAAAGCCGAAUUUGUGCCUCAGUUGACUAACGAAGAAGACACCAGUUAUUUUGACACACGGAUGGAUCGUUACAGUCAUGAUUUUGGUGAGGAUACUGAUGAUACUGAUGAUUCACCUUUAUUCGGAAGUUUCUCUUCUUAUUCACCGCAAUCACGGAAAAUAUCCCAAUCAAGACCGCCAGUUCUUGUUAAUGAUAAUAAUGAGCUUGAUUUUACCAAAAAACAACUUUUCCGAAAUGAACUUGAACGCAGUGUGUCGCAAUUAUCACCCAGCUCUUCCUAUUCACCCCCUCUGAGAUUAAAUCCCGAAAAAAGUCAUCCGUUGUCCUCGUUGACUAUCGAUAAAAAUCGCUUUCCUCUGCCGCCCACUGCCAAAAAUACUCAGGACAGUAGUAAUGAAGCUAACAAUAAGAGCUUGGAUAGUACCAAGAGUCUCGACAGUAGUCUCGAUAGUCAUAAUAAAAGCUUGGACUCGACUGUUUCAUUAAAUAGCAGUCUAGCGUCAACUUUAAGCGGAAGUAGCAACAAUAGCAGUAGUGGAGAAUCGCGUAAUACUGUUAUUAAGAAACCAACUGAAGCUUUGAGUGCUGUUAAUACUUCACCUAAUACUGCAAGUGUUAAUCUCAGCACUCCGGAGUCUUCGCAAACUGAAUCGGAUGAUAUUAGUCCGCAGAUUCAUAGACGAAGACAUAAUCAUGCGCGUGAUAAGCUGCCCAGGUUCAGUAUUUCCAUUGAUGGUGAUCACAUGAUUGAUUUAGCAGCAGCUAAUAAAGAAAUAGCGGAAGAUAAAUAUAAUUCAAGUACAGAUUCAUUUGAAUCGUUGAACACAGCACCGCUUCCGUUCACCACGAAACAAAAAUCACGUUCUGUUAUUAAAUCAGCAUCAACCAGUGGACUUUCUCUCGUUAUUCCUACGAAUGAUUUUUCAUACGACCCGUCUAUAUGCCAGUCGAUAGAAUCUCCUGGUGGUUCAUCAACAGCUUCAUCGAGAGAUACAUCACCUUGCCGUGAAUUAAGUCCACUUGUUACGAGUUUGAAACCUCCGAUAAUUAUCCGUCGUGGUCCGAAUGGUUUUGGUUUCACCGUUCAUACUAUAAGAGUUUAUUAUGGAGAUAGUGAUUUUUAUACAAUGCAUCAUUUAGUUAUGGCUGUAGAUCAAUCGAGCCCUGCAUUUGAAGCUGGUUUAAGACCAGGUGAUCUGAUCACACAUAUCAAUGGUGAACCAGUACAAGGUCUAUAUCAUACGCAAGUGUUACAAUUAAUGCUCAGCGGUGGAGAUCACGUAACACUUCGUAGCACACCCUUGGAGAAUACAAGUAUUAAGACUGGCGGCCGGAAACGCGAGCUCGCACAAAGUAAAAUGGCCCGCAGGACAUUGCACCGACAGCGUAAACAAAAACGCGAUCAUUCGGAUAAGAAGAGGAAGACGUCACUUUUCCGGAGAAUAAGCUCCAAACGUGCAAGCGUUGAAAUGCAGCAGCCAUUAACUAUCAGUUGCCCAUUGUCGGCACCCAUUCUACCCAGCGACAGCAAACCUCCACUUAUGAUGGCCGCAGGAAUAUGUUCUCCGUCCAUGGUAACACCGAGCCGUUCAUUUCAGUCGUUCACUCGGUCUUUACCGCCUCAACAAGAGUCCUCGGCAUAUUUUGCUGGUCUACCUAAGUCUGUAUGUACUCCGUCCUCAUCGACGUCAAACCGUCCUAGCGUGGAUUCUUAUCAUUCACCUGGAGGGAACUCAAGCCCUUGCUCGAGCCCGAAUUCGUCUUCGUCACCGGGCUCAAGUACUUCUGUAGGCGCUGGUAUCAGCACGAUUGCUAAUCAAUCGCCUCAUUAUCAGCGGCCAAGUACACUACACGGGUUGAAACACAAAUUACACUCGGCUGCUAAAAAUAUACACUCGCCUAAUCGCAGAAAGUCUGUCGGUCACAUUCCACUGUCACCGUUGGCAAGAACUCCCAGUCCUUCGCCAAUUCCUGCCAGUCCUACAAGAAGUCCAAGUCCUCUGGCCUUUCCUACUGGACACCAGCCUGGCAGUUCUAACACUACACAGUCAUACAGUCCAGGAACUUCUUUGUCUACUCCAGCGAGCUCCAAAAAAAGUUACGGCCGUCCAAAGUCAGCAGAGCCAGGCUCACCUUUACUGCGCCGCGCCUUGAGUCCCGACAGACUACACCCACGUUCAGCGGAAAAUAAAACUUCAAUAUCUCCUUUGGCAAACAGCGUAGUGCGUGUAACUCCCAGAGUGACGAUCGCUCAGACUUCACACCCGGAAUCCAGCGACGAUAACAGCGACGCGUCCAAAGACAAUGAUAAGAAUGAUAUAAAAAAAUCUGUUGAAAAAUCUAGCGAGUACUCGAAGAUAUCACACACAAUUCCCAUGUCUAUAAACAUCGCCAUGGGUGGUGUCGGAUUGUCUAACUCUUGUGGAGGGACUCAAUUGCCGCGAAUCGCCGAAGAAAAGGACUCUCCAACUGGAUGCAAGAGCGACGAUUAUUGCAAGGACAUCAGCGAGUCCACUUCAAUGUGUUUGAGUGAUAAAAAUACUUCCGGGGUGGACAAAAAUGAUGAUAGUAAAAUAAGCUCCAACUCGGAGAGCAGCGCGUCUUCAGAUUCCGUCAGGACUGUGAUACCUUGCGUCAGUGAGAGCGGCAAAUCAUCAUUGUCAUCAAUGUCAUCUUUGUCAUCUUCAACUUCAUCGAUAUCUACCACUUCAUCUACUUCAACUUCAGUAUCAAUGUCUACUGCUUCUUCAGCUGCGAACCAAUGCUUGAAAAAUCCCACUUCAACUUCAACUUCCGCUUCAACUUCCGCUUGCAAUGAAUUCGACGCGGUGACUCCUAAAAUUAUAGAGUGUAAAAUAUUCAACAAAAGUAAAAUGGAAACAAGUCCAGAGACGCGUAAAAUUUUAAAGAGAUACAAAGUUGACAGUACAGAUUCGUCGACUUCCGGAUCUUCUAAACCGGAAACUAGUGCAGCUGAGGAUAAAAAAAAUAAGUAA